AUGCCAGAUUUUGGUACUAAUAGUCACAAUUACCACCACAAUCAGAACCGCAAUCAUAGCCAUCUGUUGCAUCAUCCUCAUAGCACGGAUUCCUUACCAUCGUUGCAUUCACCUCAUGAACAUUCCGAGGAGUUGUUGCACAAACCCUUCUUUUCCAUCCAUCCUCAGCGCCAUGACCAUCCAACAUCUCCCCAUCAAGGCCUGAGAUUAGACUCUGACGACCUCACAACAGCAGAUGUUGACAUUCCAACAUUACUUAUUACACCUCCUCAGGAGGACAAUUCAUCUCUGUCUACUAAUAAUAAUAUUAACAUCACAAACAACAACUACACCUCAGCGAAUGCCAACAAGAACAUUUCAAACAAAUCAAAUUGGGCAACCAAUGCCUUCAAAACCUUGCACUCGCGAUUUCUUUCGAAUCCACUACGAAAAUCUACCAGCAUGUUCAAGUUUCCUUCCAAUGUGGUAUUUUCAGAACAAGAAGAAUCAGAAGGAAAAAAUCACAGAACCAAAACAAAAAAACAAGGUUCCACCUACCGUCAUCAUCUCAGCCCCACCACACGACUUGAACGACACCAUCAUCAUUACCAACCUCCUCCAUCACCAGCAACAAUGGGGACUGAACAACAAGAAGAUAAUUUUGACCAAAAAAUGAGUUCUCAUUCUUCGCCCUCUUCUCGAGAAGCCUUGGAGGAAAACUCGGCCAUCUCCAGAGAGGUAUCUCCACCAUCACUACAAGGAGGACUGAAAGAAGUAAAUAUCGGAGAUGUGGUGGAGGGCAAUAAUGUAAUAAUGGGAGAUUCAGAUCGUAUCGAAAGUAGUCUGGCAGAGUCAAAACCUGCAAUGAUGAACUACAAAAACGGAAGUGAGGAUGACAUGACACGAUUGGGUGAUCAAAUGAUGCAAAAAUUAAUGAUGAAAGAUGAAACAGUGCCACAAAAUACUCAACAAUUUGUGGAUAGUUUUUUCAUGGUUGACAAGGACAUGAAAUUACCGUCGUCCAAGCUUUCCGUUGACGAAGAAAGUGAAGAGCUCUUAAAAGAUAAAAUGAACAAACCUUCUGGAGUCGAUGACAUGUAUGGACUCGACAUUUAUUAUCAUAACAACAGAGACUUGUGCAAAAUUGAAGGACCGGAAGAUAGAUUCACUCUCAUCGACAUUGCAUUGGAAACUGCAAUGACCAUUCAAAAAUUAUUUCAAAACGAGGCAAAACGAUAUGAAAAUAACGUUUCCAAUGGAAAAAUUUAUCUGUUCCUCAAAAUGCUAUUAGAAGUGUCAAAAGACUUGGAGGUCAAUUUAAAACAUAUGAAAAGUAGAAUAGUUCAAAUAGAGCUGAAACUGGCCGAAAAAUUCCCAAAUCAGUUCAAAUUUGAAAACCAAACUUGUAUAGCACAUAAUGAUAAGAUGGCCUCAUUCGAUUUGAGUUUUCUUGACACCUCCUUCCAUUUUAGAGGAUGCUUUUUAAUAUUAAUUCAUACCCUGAAUGAAUGCAAGUUAUCGAUUAACAAAGUGAUACAGAGUAGAAAUUCCUUCUUUUUGUUCACUACCAGUGAUGCAAAAUACGAGAAGAAACUUGAUGUGUUUCAACAGAAAUUUUUAGUGCUCAAAACCAUGUUUAACGUUUCCAAUAUGUUACUUCAAGAGCGAUUGGACAGUAUAGACUCUAACAAUCCAUCAUAUAUCCCAUUUUCACAAUCUCUAAAAAUUAGUGACAUGGAUAUUUUAAAGGAUAUUAAUCCUAUCGUGUUUUGGCAACACAUUGGUACCUUUUACGACUCUGAGAUUGCUUGGUUCCUUUCUCUCAUUGUUAAGACUACAGCAUCCUUUGGACAUACUCAAGAAGUACCAAGUAAGCUCAAAAAAGAUUUGAUUUUUUACGCAGCAAGUGCCUACUACCUUAUCAAUCCAAAAAGUGCUGCAGAGAAUUGUGCUACACUUUUUAACAAUAAUCCAAUUGCGAGUAGCGAAUUUUGGAACAUACAAGAUGAAAACAACAUCAUCAAAACCUUUACGUAUCUGGGUUAUCCUUUUAUUGAGACGUCACGCAAGUUUAAAAUACCAUUUCCUGGCAGGAAAAUUGUCGACUCUGUUGGCCUGAACAUUGAUGGUGAUGAAUUUGAGUUUGUUUCAGUUUCUAAAGAAGCCCCAGAGGAUUCAUCCAUAAUAUUAUUUAAUAACAAUAACGAGCAAAGCGAAAAAUCUAACUCGGUAGUAUAUUACUCAGAAGAUGACGAUGAUGACGGAGAAGAAGAAUCAAUCGACCAAAAUGCAACGCCGGUGGAAUACCGAGCAGGAAGUAGUAUGAUCUAUCCACAACUGGACAAUUUAGAGGAAGUGAAAGAAGGAUCCUCAUCCCUUGAGGUAAAUUUGGCUGAAAUCCAGAAAAAGAUGAAAAAUCAUGACUACCAAGACAUUGCGCUACGAAUUAUUUCAACGAAACCUCUAACUGAAGUACCAGACUACAUUGCUCACAAUCCACAAGAUUUCCCUUACCUGUCUCAAAUUCUUAAGGCCAUCAAUUCAAUCAAACUCAAACAAGUACAACACAACACUACGUUUGACGGAAAAGUAAUUUUGCACAUACAUGGUGGAGGCUUCAUAGCCAUGCAAUCAUUUAGUCAUGAGGUGUAUUUGAGAAAAUGGUGUUCUGCUACCAACAUGCCUAUCAUUUCAGUGGACUAUAGAAGAUCACCUCAAUACAAAUAUCCAACCCAAGUCGAAGAAUGCUACUCAGCCUACAAGUGGCUGUUAAGUAAUUGUGAAAAACUUUUAGGAGCACCAUUGAAAAAGUUUGUGAUCGCAGGAGAUUCUGCAGGAGGCAAUUUGGCUCUAGCCACAAUUUACAGAGCCAUAAGAGAUGAUAUUCGUUUGCCUGACGCUGUCGUUUUGAGUUAUCCUGCGACAUACCUUGAUUUUAAUCCAUCACCAAGCCGUCAAAUUUCUGUCAUUGAUCCUCUUGUCAAUAUUAACUUUUUGAGGUUGUGUGGUGAGCUGUACUGCGUAGAAAGUGACAAUGCUCGUUGUAAUCCAUUCGUUUCUCCAUCGACCAUUGAAGAUGGUUAUUUGAAACGUUUUCCACCAACAUACUUUAACUUUGGAACAUUGGAUCCACUUUUCGAUGAUGCCGUUUACAUGGCCAAGAAAAUUUCAAGGAAUAACGGUGGUCGAGUGAAAAUUAAGCUCUAUGACUCUCUUGGACAUGGUUAUUUGAAUAUGAUUGAUGUUUCUGGAGUUGCUAGACUUGCCUCAGCUCAUAUUUGUGAGUGGAUCAGCAAUCAAGUUGAAAAAUAA